AUGGGAGAAGGAAGACAAAGGCUCCGAGUGAGCUGCUGGUGGGUUGCCGGGAUUCUGUUGCUGUGCUGUGGGGAGCGGAUUCUGGGUCAGCUUCGAUACUCGGUUCCAGAGGAAGUACAAGUGGGAUCCCCUGUCGGAAAUGUUGCCAAGGAUUUAGGGCUUGACGUCAGCACUUUGACAGACAGGCGGUGUCGUAUUGUUUCGGGGCCCAACCAUGCUCUGUUUCAGUUAAACCAAAACAAUGGAGUGUUGUAUAUUGGGCAUAUCGUGGACCGCGAAGAGCUCUGUGAUGGCAUCAAGGUUUGUUUGAUAAACCUGAAAAUUGUUGUCGAAAGCCCACUGGAAAUACAUUACGUCAGUGUUGAAAUAUUGGAUGUUAAUGACCAUUCACCGAUUUUUCCAGAAAGCGAGCAACAACUGGAAAUAGCAGAGCAUACUCCUCCAGGUACUCGUUUCCAAAUCCAUGCUGCUAGAGACCCUGAUGUCGGUCCACAGUCAGUCCGAUUAUAUAAAUUGAGCCCAAAUGGCUUUUUUGACACUGAAAUCAGAGACAGCGAGGAGGACAAGAUACCAUUUUUAGUGCUGAAAAAGCCCUUAGAUAGGGAGCAAAAGUCAGAACACCAUUUUGUGUUAACGGCUCUUGAUGGGGGAAGUCCGUCGAAAUCUGGGAGUCUUAAUUUGACUAUAACUGUGCUAGAUGCAAAUGAUAACCGCCCUGUGUUCAGCAAAGAUAUAUAUACUGUGUCAUUAGAUGAAAAUGCCCCGAUAGGAACUCUUGUAAUACAAUUAAACGCUACAGAUUUAGAUGAAGGAUCGAACAGCGAAAUUGAAUACACGUUUGGAAAAACCCAGAAGAGAAAAGUGCACGAUACAUUUGAAUUAGACAGCGUUACUGGUGAGAUUCGAGUGAAAGGAAAAGUGGACUUUGAGGACACGGAGAUUUAUAGACUAGAUCUGCAGGCAUCAGAUAAAGGCCAGCCACCUUGGACGGCUGAAUGUAGAGUUGUGAUAAAAAUAAAAGACGUGAAUGACAACCAGCCAGACAUUGAGGUAACAUCAUUGUCCAACGUAGUAGCAGAAGAUUCAAAGCCUGGCACAGUUAUAUCACUUAUUAGUGUUAUGGACAAAGAUUCGGGCUUAAAUGGGAAAGUUAUUUGUAAAAUCUUGGAUAAUGUUUCUUUUGAUUUAACACCAUCCAUUGAGGAACAUAUGUACUCUCUUGUCACAAAAGGGCGUUUAGACAGAGAAAUGGUGUCCCAUUAUGAUAUCACAAUAACAGCUACUGACUGUGGUGAUCCUCCGCUUUCCAAUGUAAAAUCCUUCCUUGUUCAGGUGGCAGAUGUAAAUGACAACAGGCCACUUUUUAGUCAGAAUCCAUUUGAACUUUAUUUAGUAGAAAAUAAUGUCCCCGGGGAAUUAAUAUAUUCUGUUAGCGCUGCUGAUAGUGAUCUGAAUGAAAAUGCAGCAAUAACAUACCACAUUGUGAGAGGUAAAGGGCUGCAUCGUGAUAUGACAUCUUUUCUGAAUGUAAAUUCGGAAAACGGACACAUAUCUGCGCAAAAAAGAUUUGACUUUGAAACCCUGAAAACGUUCCAGUUCCAAGUUGUCGCCUCAGAUUCUGGAACUCCGUCACUAAGCAGCAACGUCACAGUGAACGUGUUCAUUCUGGAUCAGAACGACAACGCUCCAGUCAUCCUGUAUCCAGUCAGCUCGAACGGUUCUGCUGAAGGUGUGGAGAAGGUUCCCCGCAAUGUGAACGCAGGACACUUGGUGACUAAAGUCAGAGCCUAUGACGCUGAUAUCGGAUAUAACGGCUGGCUGCUGUUUUCACUGCAGGAAGUUACUGACCACAGUCUCUUUGGGUUGGACCGCUAUACAGGACAGAUCAGAACACUUCGCUCAUUCACAGAGACAGACGAGGCGGAGCAUAAACUGGUCAUACUGGUGAAAGACAAUGGGAACGUGUCACUCUCAGCAACAGCGACUGUGGUUGUCAAAGUUGUGGAGGCCAAAGAGGAUUUUGCUGCUUCUGAUGUUAAAAGUGCAACAAAGGAUGAGCAGGAUAAUAAUGUGACUUUCUACCUGAUGAUAACUUUGGGCUCAGUUUCAACACUUUUUCUCAUCAGUAUCAUCGUGCUGAUUGCAAUGCAGUGCUCUAAAUCCACAGAAUACACUUCUAAAUAUCUACAAGAGACUAAUUAUGACGGGACUCUGUGUCACAGCAUCCAGUACAGAUCUGGAGAGAAACGCUACAUGUUAGUUGGACCCAGAAUGAGUAUAGGAUCUACUAUAGUCCCGGGCAGCCACACGAACACACUGGUGCUCCCUGACAGGAGACAUACAUCUGGAGAGGUAAGACAUAGUUUUCGAUUUUACAUCAUGCUUUUUGACAAUACAUAA